ACACUGAUCACACUGCACAUUUGCACAAUAAUAUACCAGGACAAAACAAUACCUGUAAUAUAACAUUAUUAAAAUUGGUUUAGAAGAAACACAGAAAUAACCUGUAAAAACAUGCAUAGAAUAGUACAUUUCGAUUUGAAAGGAGCCCCAUUAAAAGUUCAAUAUUUGGAACAGGUUAUUAUCCAAAUUAAAUCAUGGGGAGCGACUGGUGUAUUGUUCGAGUGGGAAGACACCUUCCCAUAUACUGGAGACUUGCAGAUCGUUGGGAGCAUAGCCAAUGCUGGAGGAGAUGGUCUUUACAGUAUAGAGGAAACCAGACAUCUCCUUGAUUUUGCCAACCAAAAUGGAUUAGUUCCUAUUCAGUUAGUUCAAACUAUAGGGCACCUGGAAUUUGUCUUAAAACAUCCAGCAUUUAGGAACUACCGAGAGACACAACGGUCACCAGCAGUUCUCUGUCCUAGCCAACCCCAAUCUUUACAAAUUGUGAAGGCUAUGGUCAACCAGGCUUUAGAUUUGCAACCAGAUGCAAAAUAUUUUCAUAUUGGGGCUGAUGAGGUAUGGCAUACAGGCGUAUGUCGUGAAUGUCAAGAGAGAGCGGCAAGGAGUGAGUACAGAUUGUCUUCCCUAUUUUUGGAGCACAUACAACAAUUAGUCUUAUUCAUUAAGCAGAAAAGACCAGAAUUGACGGUUCUGAUGUGGGAUGACAUGCUAAGGACGAUACGUCUUGAUACAUUGUUGGCAUACAAACUAGGUGAACUUGUGGAGCCCGUCAUCUGGAAUUACAGUGCAAUGGAGUACUUUCAAAUAGAGUCAGACUUGUGGAGUAAUUAUAAAAAAUUGUUUCCAAAAGUCUGGGCUGGGUCUGCCUUCAAAGGAGCUAAUGGCAGUUGUCAGAUGUUAUCCCCGGUGUGUCGCUACGUGAGCAACCAUGAGGCCUGGAGGCGCGAGUUCAAGAAGUGUGGACCUAAUAUUAACUUCGCUGGAGUCAUCCUGACUGGCUGGUCCAGAUACGACCAUUACGCUACGCUGUGCGAACUGUUGCCGGUGUCAUUGCCAAGUCUGUCGAGCUGUCUGAAAGUGUUGGCCAAGAGUGACGAUUCUCAGGAGGUGGGGUCGAGCGACGUAUUGCCGACCGCGCAGUGGGCUGGCGAGCAGCUCGCGCGCUGCGUGCACUCCCUCGCCAUCCUGCGGGAGAGAGCCUUCUCCUUCGUGCACGGAGAGCACGUGACGACCUGGAUGAACCCGUGGCAGCUGGAGAGGAACUACACGAAUCCGGCACACCUGGAAACUAUAGCCCGGGACGCGGGAGUAUUGCAGUCAGAGCUGAGUUCGUUGCAAGCGAACCUGGAGGUUCAAUUGCCGAAGUUGACCGGCCCCAGGAGCACCGAGGAGUGGUUGGCCACGAACGUGACGCCGGCUCUGCGUCAAGUGGCCGACCUGCACCGCGUGGCCCACGAGAGGCUGAACGCGGCCGCCGGGAUCUCGCCCCUACGAACACAUAACGAUGGAUGAUGCGGUCUGCCCUGUUCAACUCUUAUAUAUAGCUAGUUUCCAGUAGAUCAUUCCAUUUUGGACUGGUGGUAGGACCUCUUGUGAGUCCGUGCGGGUAGGUACCACCGCCCUGCCUAUUUCUGCCGUGAAGCAGUAAUGUGUUUCGGUUUGAAGGGUGGGGCAGCCGUUGUAACUAUACUUGAGGCCUUAGAACUUAUAUCUCAAGGUGGGUGGCGCAUUUACGUUGUAGAAGUCAAUGGGCUCCGGUAACCACUUAACAUUAAGUGGGCUGUGAGCUCGUCCACCAAUCACCACCAUAUCAGUCACCAGACAAUGGCGAACCGGCCGUCAAUUUUCAAGGAGGAAAAUAUGCCCUCCUUUUUGUGUCAUGUUUUUUUUCGUCAAUUUUAUGGCAUAUAUAUUUUAAUGGCAAUUUCAUUCCGUGACUUGAUAUCUGUGUGCUUCCAAAAUUCGAACAAACUAUCAGUAACUUCCCCGCCGUUUUGUUGAAAGAAUUAAUGAAGAUUGUUAGAAUAAAAUAACUUUUGAAAUUGGUUAAAAAGUCGAGAUUCAAAGGCCGUAAUAAUUUGCGACUAAAUAUAUUUUUUUCUGUGAAUCAAACACUGAUCACAUAUUGUUGUUAUUUUAAUGAUUUGUUCCCUGAUCGUGUUGAGGCUGAUACACUUCUUGGCGCGUCAGAGAAGGCUUUCGUCACCGCACUAAAAACGAUAGAUGGCGCGUGAGUAGUUACAACAAAUUCCUAUAGUUCGUUCAUUUCCAGAUGGUGGCACAGUCCAAUAUUAUUUAAGUAACGCAAAACAAAUACACAGUUCUCAUAUUUUUUCGGUAUCAUAUCAAGUGGUGAAAGGUGAAAACAUUACAAGAGAGCCAUUUAAAGAUUAAAAUUUGGAAAAAAAUUAAACAAAACCUCAGCUAUUUGAAUAGUGUAAGCUUAAUCGAAAUUCAUUUAAAAACAUCGAAUUGUUGAUACUAAUACUAGAUAAAACGGACCUUAAUUACAAAGAUAAAUCUCGCUUAUUAAGCGAAAUGUCGCUUAAGCCAAAUAUGCUUUCACUCGUCCAUAUAAUUGUUUGUCUCUAGCAAAAAAAAGAAACCACUGGGUGUAUAAAAUGGAAGAUUUCUAUUAAAUUUCAAAUUCAACGUUGUUUUAAUAUUAGGGGGGAAUGCGACAAAUUCAAAUUCAAAAUCAUUUAUUUCAACUUAGAUGUCAGUAUGACACACUUGUUGAAUGUCAAAAUAAAAAUAACAAUGUUAACUCUACCACCGGUUCCAAAAAAAGCCACAGUCCUGAGAAGAACCGGCGAAACAAACUCAGCGGGCUUUUUUUUUUGUUUUUUCUCAAAAUAUUUCCUUUUUUUUUUAAAUAAAUAAAAGUAUUUACAAUAAUAACCAGUCAAAAAAUACAAUUUAAAUAAUAAUAAUAAUAAUGCCAAUAAACCUGAUAUUGUGAUAAUAGAUCGAUCUGCGCGUCGAGCAGUGUUGGUUGAUGUCACCAUUCCUCAUGACGAGAACCUCGUGAAGGCAGAAAUGGACAAAUUAAUAAAAUAUUUAGACCUGGCCCACGAGACUACCGCCAUGUGGCAUGUUGAUUCAACCAUCAUUGUUCCAAUAGUUGUGUCGGUACACGGCUUGAUAGCGAAAAGUUUCGAUCAACAUCUUAAGAAAUUUUCGUUAUCCAGCUGGGUUAAGGGCCUAAUACAGAAAGCAGUUAUCCUCGAUACUGCACGCAUUGUGAGGAGGUUUCUCACUCUGGAGUCCUAACCACUGGUGGCUUGUGUCGUAGACACCGCCUUGUUUCAAAAUAUUUUUUUCAAAAAUUUUACUCAAAGUAGGUAGUACUGAAAUGGGCCUAAAGUUAGAGGGGUCAAAAGUACUACCAGAUUUAAACAAACUAUAUUUCAUUAGAUCAGGAAAUACAUAUACAAUACACCACAAUCAAUACAGUCAUUAAAUAUUGUAGCAAGGUAAGGUGCGAUUAUAUCAAUAAUGGAUUUUAUAACCUUAAUUGAAAUUCCCCAUAAAUCACCAGUUUUCUUAAUAUUAAUGAGCUUGAAAUUGUCAAUUAUGUCCUUUAUAUCAAUAUUUGUGAACUUAAAGUUAACACUGCAUUUAUCAACAUGAUCUUGCAGUAAUGAUUCGGCGACGGUAGGAGAUGAAAUUAAAGAUUUUGUAGUAGAAGCUGGGAUAUCAGCAAAGUAGUGCUCAAAGGCACUGGCCACUUCUUGAUGAGAAGUUAUUAUUCUAUCAUUGAUUUUCAAAGUUAAUUCAGCAUUGCUGUUUCUGACAUUCCCAGUCUCCCUAUUAAUGAUAUUCCAAGUCAUUUUAAUGUUGUCAGGUGCAUUUUUUAUAAGAUUGCCUAAGUGCAAUGACUUGGCCAAUGUACAGAAUUUUUUAAACAGCUUGGAAUAUUUAGAGACAUACUCAUGAAAUGACUUAUUAUGAUUAUAUGAUUUUUCAUGAUAGAGAUCAUAUAAUCUCUGCCUACUUUUGUGAAUUCCAACAGUCGCCCAUUCAUUGAAUGAUCUUUUAUUAUGUAAGAUCAGAGUUUUAGAAGUAAAGAUGGCACUAAAUUCAGAAUUAAUAACAUUAAAUAAAUCCAUGUAAUGAACAUUAGGAUCUUCACUAUAACAAACAUUCGAAAUUUUUGACAAAACUUUACUUCUAAGCUUCUCCAAACGUCUAAUAUUAAUAGGAACAAACGGCAGGUUUCUUGUACUAUUAACAUCUGAAACAGAUUUAAUUUUAAAAGAUAACAAUUGUCCACUGUGAUCUGAACUUAAAUGAUUAAUAAUGCAUUUAUGUAAAGGUUUUACAUUUGUGAAAAUAUUAUCUAUACAGGUUGCCGAUGUGGUAGUUAUUCUUGUAGGCUCUGAAAAUAAAUUGCUACGGUUAUAUGAUUUUAACAAUGUUCUGAAUCUAAUAGUGGCAUUUGUAUUUUCUAAUAAAUUUAUAUUAAAAUCACCACAGAUAAAAAUAUGUUUAUCAGAAACAGAAAGCUUUAAUAAAACACGUUCCAUUAUAUUUUCAAAAGAAUCAUAUAACGAAUUCGAGGGCCUGUACACACUUACUACAAUGAAUCGCUCAAGCUCUACACAGGCCAUUUCAAUAAUCCGUUCCACAGAGAGGGUCACAAUGUCUCUACGUUCCUUACAUUUAUAAUCCUUAUUAACAAUGAUCAGUGAGCCACCUCGUAUAGCAUCCCUAUGCUAGUUUAUUUUAAAAUGAUUAAAGAAAAGCUUAAUAUUAACUUUCUUAAACGGUAAGUGAACUUACUUGUCUAAAUAAUUUUAAAAUCGUGUGACUGUACCCUUGAUGCUACUCGCCGUGGCCGCGGUCUUACGUUUUGUCUGAUCAUCGUGGACUGAUAAUCAUCCUUCGAACAAUUGCAUUUGUUCUGUUCCUUUGGGAGUCAGAUAUGGAGGCAAACCUCUCAGUAACCAUUCCCGGUGGCAGAACUCUUCUUGCGUUUUUGUUCGCUAUCCAUGGUUCUGGUAUCUCCCAAUGUAUUGCAGCAGCUACUUGCUCGAUACAACACCAAUUGGCAUUGCUUCCUGCAAUAGCUUGCUUAUAUAGUUGGUAUUCCAUAAGAUAUGAGGCACCAAACGUUAAGACAGAAUUUGCAUUUGCUGACUUUGGUCUAAUAAUUAGACUCGUCCAGCGUGCGUUCUGCUCGAUGUUCUCAUCAGUCGGUACUGACUUGAUGAGUUGGACUCCGUCUCCCUCAAUCGUUAAUGCGUCAACUUUGACUUUUUCGUUUCGGAAUGUAGGACAUCCCAUGAAAUAGUCACUGACCCUUUGUAACAGGUGAACGUUAAGACGUGUUCCUCCAAUGGUCUCGUCGAAAUGGUUCGCGGUUAUACAGAACGAAUUCAGUAAAACACGCACCUCCUCUUUCCGAGCUCCUAUUGGUCCAAAGUACCCACACAUUGCGCGAGUUGCUUUGGUAUUCUGGGGUAGCACCCUGAAGUUUGGCACUGGGUGUGCCGCUUCUGAUGAUUCUGCCAUUAGCACAUCUCCACAAAUACCUAUUGAGGGUAUCUCUUCGUAGAGGUUGUGCGAUGCGUCAUCUACAGCAUUUGAGUGAUAACCACCACUACCUUGUACAACUGUCACUGGAAGUUGAUGAUUUGCAAGGUACACAGUUUUACCUGUAGCAUCAUUAACUUCACCAAUUCCGUUUAGGAACAGAUAUACUGGCUGCGGUAUGUUAUACUCGUGUUGCAUGACAGCUUUGUAGAACUCCAGUUCUUGGAAGGUCAAGUUUGUGUUUCCACGCUUGGCCUUAAUAUCCAACAAACGUGCCCAUAACAUAGCUGUUGUAUAGUACAUUAGCAUGCCUUUGGUCAUUUGUUUGUUGAGAUUUUGGUCGUCUCCAAUGGAAGAGUAGACCUCUUCGACAAUUUCAGGUAAUCUUGCGAAGUUGGCGUGAUUUCCUGGUUGACGUUUAGCUCCCUGACGGCCACAUCAAUUCCAAAUACGGAAUCAGCCUACAUAGGACUGUUCUUGAGUGGAGUUGGUUUUGCGGCUUUGUCGAGCGCUGAUGGCGGGGUCACUUCUAAUGAAGUGGGUCCUUUCGCCUUUCUUUGUGGGGCAGACUUCUUUCCUACCUUAGCAGGAUCGAAUUUGUCUGGUUUCCCUCUAUAGCCUGGAGCUAUCUUUUUAAUCUCUUCUUGAGAGUAAAUUUUUUUUUCUUGUUGUUGAUUCAUUUUCAAAAUAUUCUCUUUAGCAUUCGGCGUAGAAUAAACAGCGCUAUGAUUCUAUAAAAUUUCACUUUAGUAUUAUGAAUGCCAAAGAUGAAUUUUAUGUUUUCAUUUCAAUAAAAGCUAUGUAGAGUGAAUUAUGUAUGCUUAUACCCAUCUCUGUCUAUACUUUACCGGUUACCGUACCGAAGAGUUUGAUGAACUAAUAAAACUAACAUAGUUAGUCCACUGAAGCUCUCGUCGAAACUUUUCAGUGGGUCGAGAUAAUUUCAUUGCAUAUUUGAUCUUGGGUUGAUCGUGUUCACACUGUUAAGUCAAUGGAUAAUGACAUUAUAAAUAUCAGACGACAGACAAAACGCUUAUGGAAAUGUGAAAAGACUAAGUUACCAUUUCUAUUAAGUGUUUCGCAUGCCUGUUAACAUUUUCAGGUCUCAUCAGUCGGUACUGACUUGAUGAGUUGGACUCCGUCUCCCUCAAUCGUUAAUGCGUCAACUUUGACUUUUUCGUUUCGGAAUGUAGGACAUCCCAUGAAAUAGUCACUGACCCUUUAUAACAGGUGAACGUUAAGACGUGUUCCUCCAAUGGUCUCGUCGAAAUGGUUCGCGGUUAUACAGAACGAAUUCAGUAAAACACGCACCUCCUCUUUCCGAGCUCCUAUUGGUCCAAAGUACCCACACAUUGCGCGAGUUGCUCUGGUAUUCUGGGGUAGCACCCUGAAGUUUGGCACUGGGUGUGCCGCUUCUGAUGAUUCUGCCAUUAGCACAUCUCCACAAAUACCUAUUGAGGGUAUCUCUUCGUAGAGGUUGUGCGAUGCGUCAUCUACAGCAUUUGAGUGAUAACCACCACUACCUUGUACAACUGUCACUGGAAGUUGAUGAUUUGCAAGGUACACAGUUUUACCUGUAGCAUCAUUAACUUCACCAAUUCCGUUUAGGAACAGAUAUACUGGCUGCGGUAUGUUAUACUCGUGUUGCAUGACAGCUUUGUAGAACUCCAGUUCUUGGAAGGUCAAGUUUGUGUUUCCACGCUUGGCCUUAAUAUCCAACAAACGUGCCCAUAACAUAGCUGUUGUAUAGUACAUUAGCAUGCCUUUGGUCAUUUGUUUGUUGAGAUUUUGGUCGUCUCCAAUGGAAGAGUAGACCUCUUCGACAAUUUCAGGUAAUCUUGCGAAGUUGGCGUGAUUUCCUGGUUGACGUUUAGCUCCCUGACGGCCACAUCAAUUCCAAAUACGGAAUCAGCCUACAUAGGACUGUUCUUGAGUGGAGUUGGUUUUGCGGCUUUGUCGAGCGCUGAUGGCGGGGUCACUUCUAAUGAAGUGGGUCCUUUCGCCUUUCUUUGUGGGGCAGACUUCUUUCCUACCUUAGCAGGAUCGAAUUUGUCUGGUUUCCCUCUAUAGCCUGGAGCUAUCUUUUUAAUCUCUUCUUGAGAGUAAAUUUUUUUUUCUUGUUGUUGAUUCAUUUUCAAAAUAUUCUCUUUAGCAUUCGGCGUAGAAUAAACAGCGCUAUGAUUCUAUAAAAUUUCACUUUAGUAUUAUGAAUGCCAAAGAUGAAUUUUAUGUUUUCAUUUCAAUAAAAGCUAUGUAGAGUGAAUUAUGUAUGCUUAUACCCAUCUCUGUCUAUACUUUACCGGUUACCGUACCGAAGAGUUUGAUGAACUAAUAAAACUAACAUAGUUAGUCCACUGAAGCUCUCGUCGAAACUUUUCAGUGGGUCGAGAUAAUUUCAUUGCAUAUUUGAUCUUGGGUUGAUCGUGUUCACACUGUUAAGUCAAUGGAUAAUGACAUUAUAAAUAUCAGACGACAGACAAAACGCUUAUGGAAAUGUGAAAAGACUAAGUUACCAUUUCUAUUAAGUGUUUCGCAUGCCUGUUAACAUUUUCAGGUCUCAUCAGUCGGUACUGACUUGAUGAGUUGGACUCCGUCUCCCUCAAUCGUUAAUGCGUCAACUUUGACGUUUUCGUUUCGGAAUGUAGGACAUCCCAUGAAAUAGUCACUGACCCUUUAUAACAGGUGAACGUUAAGACGUGUUCCUCCAAUGGUCUCGUCGAAAUGGUUCGCGGUUAUACAGAACGAAUUCAGUAAAACACGCACCUCCUCUUUCCGAGCUCCUAUUGGUCCAAAGUACCCACACAUUGCGCGAGUUGCUCUGGUAUUCUGGGGUAGCACCCUGAAGUUUGGCACUGGGUGUGCCGCUUCUGAUGAUUCUGCCAUUAGCACAUCUCCACAAAUACCUAUUGAGGGUAUCUCUUCGUAGAGGUUGUGCGAUGCGUCAUCUACAGCAUUUGAGUGAUAACCACCACUACCUUGUACAACUGUCACUGGAAGUUGAUGAUUUGCAAGGUACACAGUUUUACCUGUAGCAUCAUUAACUUCACCAAUUCCGUUUAGGAACAGAUAUACUGGCUGCGGUAUGUUAUACUCGUGUUGCAUGACAGCUUUGUAGAACUCCAGUUCUUGGAAGGUCAAGUUUGUGUUUCCACGCUUGGCCUUAAUAUCCAACAAACGUGCCCAUAACAUAGCUGUUGUAUAGUACAUUAGCAUGCCUUUGGUCAUUUGUUUGUUGAGAUUUUGGUCGUCUCCAAUGGAAGAGUAGACCUCUUCGACAAUUUCAGGUAAUCUUGCGAAGUUGGCGUGAUUUCCUGGUUGACGUUUAGCUCCCUGACGGCCACAUCAAUUCCAAAUACGGAAUCAGCCUACAUAGGACUGUUCUUGAGUGGAGUUGGUUUUGCGGCUUUGUCGAGCGCUGAUGGCGGGGUCACUUCUAAUGAAGUGGGUCCUUUCGCCUUUCUUUGUGGGGCAGACUUCUUUCCUACCUUAGCAGGAUCGAAUUUGUCUGGUUUCCCUCUAUAGCCUGGAGUUAUCUUUUUAAUCUCUUCUUGAGAGUAAAUUUUCUUUUCUUGUUGUUGAUUCAUUUUCAAAAUAUUCUCUUUAGCAUUCGGCGUAGAAUAAACAGCGCUAUGAUUCUAUAAAAUUUCACUUUAGUAUUAUGAAUGCCAAAGAUGAAUUUUAUAUUUUCAUUUCAAUAAAAGCUGUGUAGAGUGAAUUAUGUAUGCUUAUACCCAUCUCUGUCUAUACUUUACCGGUUACCGUACCGAAGAGUUUGAUGAACUAAUAAAACUAACAUAGUUAGUCCACUGAAGCUCUCGUCGAAACUUUUCAGUGGGUCGAGAUAAUUUCAUUGCAUAUUUGAUCUUGGGUUGAUCGUGUUCACACUGUUAAGUCAAUGGAUAAUGACAUUAUAAAUAUCAGACGACAGACAAAACGCUUAUGGAAAUGUGAAAAGACUAAGUUACCAUUUCUAUUAAGUGUUUCGCAUGCCUGUUAACAUUUUCAGGUUUUUAAAGCUAUAAAGUCCGCAGUAGUCGAAAUUCUACUACAAUUAAUUGGAAUUGUAAGUUUGUACACUAUUAUGAUUGUAUUUUAUACUUCUAUAAUUACAAAUUUCGCCAAGGCUACACUAUAAAAAAUAUUUAUAAAGGCAAACAAUAUUUAAUCUAUUCUCAAUUUGACCACAGACGUCAAGAACAAAAGUUCGACAAUAAAUAGUACGCAAUAUGCAUGCGUGUGUGCGUCAAAUACAUGGUAUGUAGUGUGUGUAAUGUUUUCUUUAUUGAUUAAAUGUAUCUUUUAUGCAUUAUUUAAAAAAACAUUAGCUUUAUGCACUCCUUCUCUAUCUUCUCUAUAAGUGUGGGAAAUUUCAUACUCCUCCGUCCGCGCAAUUUUCGUAAAAAGGGAUACAAAGUUUUUGCUUCACGUAUUAAUAUAUAGAUAGCUUCCCUUCAGUUUUUGUUUGAGGGAAGCGUGUAGGAUUGCCCACUGAGUUUUGAUUCGGCUUCGGAUCCGGUGGUAGAUUCUGCGAUGCCCUGCACUUGCUAGGGUUAGUGUUAGUAAAUUCUCUCAGGUUGAGCCCGUGAGCUCACCUACCCGUUCGCGUGAAGUUGAAGUAGCCCCUUAGGCUACCAGCGAAUAGGCAGGGGAAAAAGCCUCGAUAUAAGCCAGGGGUAUACAGUGACGUCAUUGUAUAUGUUCAAAGCUAAUAAAAGUGUCAGUUUAUUUUUUUGUAUCAAGUAUCAAAAUAAAAAGUUUGUUUAUUAACAAAAGCUGAAAGCUAGCUAUGAGAUACACUUUUUUAUAUGGCACACAAUACACCUAUACAACCUAAAAAAAAAGAUACACAUAAAAAUAACAUAAAAAUCAAUGUGCUUGCUCUAUAAUGCUAAAAUAACAUGAUAACGAAAAACAACCCUUCUUUAAAUUCAUUUUUUAAAUAACAAGUUUAUAUUUAAAAAAAAAUGUAUGAGGAAACGUUAUUGUAAAAAUUAUUGUUCUUCAAUGUACGGCCACAAUGGUUUUCCUUUGCUAUUUGGUCUCAUUAUUUUCCGAAUAUUUAAUCAUUUGACUGUGGAUUGUUUUAAAUUAAUGAAUAAAUUAUGCAAACAAAUAAAGAAGUUGAUUGGUAUAA